AUGGUCUUAGAGAAGUUGGAGGGUGGCUACAUUGAUGACUAUAAUAGGUUAGAGGCAUAUGCUCAAGAGUUGAGGGAUAGUAACCCUGGUACAUAUGUGGUUAUAAACAUAUCAAAAGAUGCUUUGGAAGAGGGAAAGAAGAGAUUUCCUAGAAUGGUUGAGGUAGGUCUGGAUGGCAUAUUUCUAAAAGGAAAAUGCAAAGGAAUUUUACUGGUAGCAAUGGCACAAGAUUCUGCCAAACACUUUUAUCCACUUGCUUGGGCAGUGAUUGAUAGAGAAACAGAGUUGGGAGAUGUUGAAGGAGUGGCAUUCAUUUCAGACAUGCAAAAGGGUUUGAUUGAUGUUGUUGCAACUGUGGUUCCUAAAUCACAUCACAGAUGGUGUGUUAGGCACAUAGAAGCUAACUGGAGCAAGAACUGGAGGGGUGCAGAAAUGAAAAAGUUGUUGUGGUGGUGUGCUUGGAGCUCUUAUGAUGAAGAGUUCAAGGAUCAAUUGAGGACCCUAGGGACUAUUUCUGAACAAGCUGCUAAAGAGCUAAUUUGGUACCCUCCACAAAACUGGUGUAGGGCUUAUUUUGACACAACAUGCAAGAAUCAGAUGGUUGAUAACAACUUCACAGAAUCAUUCAAUAAAUGGAUUCUAGAGGCAGGACACAAACCAAUAAUCAAGAUGUUAGAAGAUAUUAGAGUCAAGGUAAUGAAAAUGCUAAAAGAUCGUGAAGAUGAAUGUAGGACUUGGAGAGAUGAAUUCACUCCAUAUGUCAUGGAGUUAUUGGGUGAUUUCAGAGAAAUUGCACAAGGGUGUGAAGUUGAUUUUAAUAGUAACUUUGGUUAUAAAGUGCAUGAAGGUCCAGAGAAGCAUACUGUUAAUUUUCAACUAAAGAAGUGCACAUGCAGAACAUGGGACUUGACAGAAAUUCCCUGUCCCCAUGCAAUUAGAUGUUUAAUUGACAAGAAAGAAGAGCCAUUGAGUGAAAUGCAUUGGUGGUACUCAAAGGAAGCUUACAUGGAUGUGUAUAUGCAUAAAAUACAACCAGUUAGAGGUGAAAAAUUGUGGAAGGUAGAACCACAUCAUGCAAUGGAGCCACUAGAAAUUGUCAAAAUGGUUGGUCGACCAAAGGUGAAAGGGAAACAUAGCCACUUCUUCCAAGAAGAAGGAUCUUCUCAAGAAGUACAAGAUGUGCCCUUGACAGCACCCCAAGAUAGUCAAACUUCUGAAUUUGUUUUUGUUCCUACACUUGGAAUGAGGCCAAUGACAACAACCCAAGAUGUUAGCUUCAAGGAAAGAAAAUGCUGGUAA